AUGCUCCGUCAGCGUCUCCUCUCCUCCCUCCGUCUCCGCGGCGGCUCCGGUACCGGCGCAAGCCGCUGGACCAGCCCAGGCCACGAAGAACGACCCAAGGGCUACCUCUUCAACAGAACCCCUCUUGCUCCAGGCGAGUCUCGCAAAUGGGAAGAUUGGGAACUCCCUUGCUACAUCACUAGCUUCCUCACCAUCGUGAUCCUCGGUGUUGGCCUUAACGCCAAGCCUGAUUUGACCAUUGAAACGUGGGCCCAUGAAAAAGCCCUAGAACGUCUCAAGAUCGAAGAUGCCAUGGCCGAGAACGAAUCGUCUGAUUAG